AUGUCCGUGAACGGUAACGAGCUCAUCAAGGAUUGCGUGAUGGAGCUCAACGUCGGACGGCGCUACGGUUUAUUAGGCCCGAAUGGGUGCGGCAAGUCCAUGCUUCUGGAAGCCAUAGCGAAGCGCGAACUAGAAGUACCCGCACACGUUGACAUAUAUCAUCUGCGCGAAGAAGCUGAACCGAGUGAGCGAAGCGCGCUCGAGGCUGUUGUGGACCAUAUACGCGAAGAAGUUUCGCGCCUGCAAGCCAUCGAGAGCGAAAUUCUCACGACGAACGGGCCCGGCGACGAGCGCCUUCAGGGAAUAUACGAGCGUUUAGAGGAACUCGAUCCGGUUAAAUUUGAAACUACGGCGGCGGAGCUUCUCCACAAUUUGGGAUUCGAUAAAGUCAUGAUGAAUCGCGAAACAAAGGCGCUGUCUGGUGGUUGGCGAAUGCGCGUCUCUCUCGCGCGCGCUCUUUUGGCGUCGCCGGCGUUACUUUUACUCGACGAGCCGACGAAUCACUUAGAUUUGAGCGCGUGCGUGUGGCUCGAAGAUCAUCUGUCAAAAUAUAAGAAGUGCCUGGUCGUGAUUUCGCACUCGCAAGACUUCCUCAACGGUGUGUGCUCGCACGUCAUCAGAGUCACAAACAAGACUUUGAAGUACUACACGGGCGACUUCGAUACGUUUCGCGCCACGCUCGCGGCGGAAGAGGUUAUUCAGCAGAAGCAGUACGAAAAAGAGCAAGCGGAUAUCAAACAUCUGAAAGAAUUCAUCGCGUCUUGCGGUACCUACGCGGAUAAGAUGAAACAGGCGAACUCGAAACAAAAGAUUCUGGACAAGAUGGAAGCCGCCGGGUUGACGCCGUCGCCGACGGCGGAGAGAACUUUCGAAUUCACGUUCCCAGAUUGUGCCAAGCUCGCACCGCCAGUACUUCCGUUUAAGAACGUUUCCUUCCGAUAUCACACGGCGGAUCCUUCGCUCGGUAUGCUUUUAGAAAACCUGGAGUUCGGAGUGGAUUGCGAUUCUCGAAUCGCGCUCGUCGGCCCAAACGGUGCGGGUAAGUCGACAAUUCUCAAGCUCAUGACGGGUGAUAUCGAAGCGAGCGAAGGCGAAGUCGCGCGACACCACCACCUCAGCAUCGGGCGGUACCAUCAGCACAGCGUCGAUGUGCUGGACCCGCGCGCGUCGCCUUUGGAUUUCUUCUCUGGGACGUAUUAUGACAUGCGAAAACCGACGGACGAGUGGCGGUCGUAUUUGGGCAAGUUCGGCAUCAGCGGGCGUUUACAAACCAAUCCCAUCGCCGCGCUUUCGGAUGGACAGAAAUCACGUUUGGUAUUCGCCAUGAUUUGUCUCGGUAACCCAAACAUGCUUCUUCUCGACGAGCCGACGAAUCACUUGGAUCACGAUUGCAUCGACUCUCUCGCAGACGCCAUCAACAAGUACAAAGGCGGUCUAGUACUCGUUAGUCACGACUUUAGAUUGAUCGAUAAGGUGGCGAAAGAGAUAUGGGUGUGUGAAAACAAAAAGGUGUCCGUGUGGAAAGACUCCAUUCGUUCAUAUAAAAAAACGUUAGAAAAGGCGUCGAUUAAAUAG